GGGAAAAAGUCUUUGCGGUUUCGCCUCUAUACCACUUCUGCUUUGACUCGUCAACAUACAACGGAUAUGGAGAACAGACUAGCAACAAGAAGACACGCUUUUUUAGUGUAGAUGACUGCUAUGGAUUACAUCAUGACAGACUUUGUGACUGAGGACCCAUCAUACGGCGGGGCGACACCCACCGACGACUAUGAGUAUCGGGACCUGAUGUGCGACCUGGCAUCCGUGCGCUACUUUAGGCGCGUGUGUGAGCCGCCGCUGUUUUGGAUCAUAGCGCUGGUGGGCGGAAUCGGCAACCUCGCAGUGGUCUGGAUUUACCUGAACUUUCGGCGACUGAAGACCAUGACAGACAUCUUCCUGCUCAACCUGGCGAUUGCGGACCUUUUAUUUCUGGUCACGCUCCCGCUGUGGGCGGUUGAGGCGUCUCAAGGCUGGAGCUUUGGCUCCGCCCUCUGCAAGAUCACCUCGGGCCUGUACAAGGUGAACCUGUUCAGCAGCACGCUCCUGCUUACCUGCAUUAGCGUGGAUCGCUACGUCGUCAUUGUGCAGCUUGCCAAGGCACAAAACUCACAGGCGGAGCGGCGCCGCUGUGGCCGGCUGGCAUGUGCAGUGGUGUGGCUCGCCGCCGUGCUGCUGGCCAUACCAGAGUUGGCGUUCGCCACAACGGCUGCGGCGGCGGCGGACGGCAGCCCGCAGGAGUUCUGCAGGAUGGUGUUCCCGCCACACAUGGGACAGCGUACCAAGAUGGCGGUGCUAUCCGUACAGGUGGUCAUGGGCUUCGGUUUGCCCUUCCUCGUCAUGGCGGCGUGCUACAGCGCAGUCAUGGCCACACUGCUUAAAACGCGCAACUUUCAGAAACACAAAGCCAUGCGUGUCAUCAUGGCGGUGGUGGUGGUCUUCUUGGUGUCGCAACUGCCUUACAACGCCGUGCUGGUAACAGAGACGGUACAGGCGGGCAACAUGACCAUAACGGACUGCGAGGAGUUUAAACGUUUUCUGAAGGUAGGCCAGGUGCUGAAGGGCGUGGCGUACCUGCAUGCCUGCCUCAACCCCUUCCUUUACGCCUUUGUGGGCGUGCGCUUCCGACGUGACCUCCGGCAGCUGCUGAGAGGCUGCCGCCGCACGCCACCUUCAGAACAACCAACUCGCUCCAGCAAAAGUCAGCUGGGUUCAAUGAGAGUGUCUGAAAGCGAUACGUCACAGGCGCUGUCGCUAUAGACAGGACUUCCUGUUGAUGGCACAUGGACAGUGGCCGUGACGAUGCCUAUUUUUUUUUUACGUACGAGACAUUUUGUCAAAACAGGAAGUGCUAACAGACAAACAGGAAGCAGGAAAUGACUUAUGCUUUUUUCUUCACAUCCUUUUUUCACCUCUGACAAACCUUCUCAUGACUUUUAUAAAAAAAAAAAGAAAAAAAGUUUUUUAAAAAUAAAAAAAAGAAUCAAAUCGUCAGUCGUCGAUGGCCUGGAAAAACAAAGUUGUUUUGACGUUCAAACGUAAAAGGUGAGAGGAAGUUAUGCUGCUCAAGUGAGAAAAUAAAAAGAAAGUUUUACCUCCA